AUGGCCGCCGCCCCCUCCCCUUCCACCGUGGUCGCCGCCCCCUAUCGUGCGACGGCGAGCCCGCCCUCCCGUCCCCCUCUCCUCUGGUCGCCCUCAUGCACUGCAUCGCCUCCUGGUCGCCCUCUCUCUCUCUCUGUAUUCCCCCCUGCCACCACCACCACGGCCAACUCUGGCGAGGUCCGUCGCCAUACAGCACAUCCACGAGCUCAUCUCGUGACGCUGCUCCUUCUCCACCGCGUUGACCCGACGUGCCGCCCCUCUAUGCACGGCCUCGGCUAA